AUGCCAAAAAGCAGGGAACUACGCCAUAGACGGAGACAUGAGAAAUUUUCAAGGGAACGGAAGCGAGUCAGGACAGAGGCUAGGUCUGUUGACGCCGCCGAUUCCCGUGACCAAAGAUUAUCACAACAGACACCAGGAUCUCCCCAGGCUGGAACUUUACAUGUAAUCCACGAACACUCCUCAACACCCCCAGUGGCUCGAGUGAACCUGGGUUCUGACGGAACGCGUUUGGGUAUUUGUUCAAGUAACGAUGCAUUACCGGAAAUAGACACGCCCUUAGGAAGGGUACGAGGUUUAUGGAAGGAGUCACUGGAUGGGAGAAAAUUCGCUGCCUUUGAGGGAGUCCCAUAUGCGAAGCCUCCAGUGGGAGAUCUCAGAUUCGAGGAACCCCAUGCUGCCACACCAUGGACAGGAACUUGGCUGGCUGACAACCCUCAAACGUGCACCCAAAUUUGGAUAUUUACUGGCGAUGUAAUAGGUGAAGAAGACUGUCUCUACCUGAACGUCUACGUACCAGCUGAUUACGUGAACAACCCAAAAAAAUUGGAAGUGGUCGUCUCAAUCCAUGGCGGUGCGUUCUUAUUGGGCCAAGCACACUCAGCUCUCCCAGAGUUUUUCAUGGAUAAGGACUUUGUCCUUGUCACCAUUAACUAUCGACUUGGGAUAUUCGGGUUCCUCAGCACAGAAGAUGGCGUCAUACCCGGAAACAAUGGCAUGAGAGAUCAAGUACAGGCCUUCAAAUGGAUCAAGGAUAACAUCGCCUCCUUUGGGGGCAAUCCAAACUCUGUUACGAUACAGGGCAUGUCAGCUGGAGGAACCAGCGUACACUUUCACUAUUUCUCGCCCCUUUCCAAAGGUUUAUUCCACAGGGGAUUCUCUCAGAGUGGAACGGUUCUGGCCCCUUGGACGAUCACGAAGAAUCCUUUAGAGAACGCUAAGAAACUUGCCGUAUUGGUUGGUUGUCCUGACGGACCCUCCAAAGAUCUAAAGAAAUGCCUUAAACAGAGACCGGCGCAGAGUUUAGUGAAGCAAAUGCAUCACUUUUUUGGUUACCGUACGAUGCCAAUUUCCCCCUUUGCCCCUGUAGUGGAGAAAGGCUCAAAGGAACCUUUCUUGGACAAAGAACCCUUUUGGUUACUCCAACAAGGAAAGGUACUAGAUGUUCCUUGGGUUACCUCUCACACAGCUGAUGAUGGGUUAAUGGUAUCACCAUUCUACUGGGAUGAAUUGGACCAUAUAGAUCAAAACUGGGAUCAGUUGUCCCCCUAUUUUUUGGAUUACAACAACACGCUACCGGAAUCAAGAAGGGUAGGAGUGUCCAGGGAAAUUUUGGUACAUUAUUUUGGACCUGGGGGAAAAAUCAACAAGGAGACCUUCUCAAAGUUUACUCAGAUGCUCACGGAUAGGUAUUUUGCUAUUCCUGGAGAAAUGGCGGCUAAAAUGCAAGCAAACGUCUCAAAAUCUUCGGUGUACUAUUAUAUUUUCAGUUAUAAGGAAGGUGUAAACAAAGCUGUGGAAUUUUUCACCAACUCUACAGAGAUUAAAGGUGUGGGCCAUGGUGACGAUUGUAUUUAUUUACAAGGGUUAUUUUACAAAAAACCAUUUUCUGAGCAAGAUAAACGACUGAAAAAUGCAUUUCAAAACAUGUUAUACGAAUUUGCAUCUACAGGGAUACCCUCUUUUGAUGGAACCAAUAAGUGGCAGCCAACAGGACCUGAAGAAUUGACCUUCUUAAACGUGACUGGUCCGGAGAAAAUGAAGUUGCAAAAGACCAAAAGCUUGAUUCGUAGUGACUUCUGGAGCAAACUGGGUCUUUUAGAGAACCAAAAUGCAAUCAACGUGAAUUUAUAGAGAAAUUCUUUAUUAUGUAUUUUGAAUUUAUACAAUCAAUGUAGUUUUAAUAAAGAUACCAAUGAUAAUUGUACGAGACCAAGUAAA